ACGCGCUGCGCUUGGGCCCUGUUUGUUUUUGUGUGUGUGUAGAAGAAUUUUAAAAUAGUUUUAAUUUAAUAACCAAUCUAAGUAAUGGAUCCAACAUCUUUAAUGGAUGAAACAAAGCUCGACACAUUUCGCGAGCUCAAUUUGCUGGAAAAGCAUCGAGUAGAGAGUUUUAAGGACUGGCCCUUUUCAGCUAAGUCCACAUGCAGCAUUGGCAAGAUGGCUGAGGCGGGGUUCUUUUGGACUGGCACCAAACGUGAAAACGAUACGGCUACCUGUUUUGUGUGCGGUAAAACACUAGACGGUUGGGAGUCGGAGGACGAUCCUUGGAAGGAACAUCUGAAGCACGCUCCGCAAUGUGAAUUCGUUAAAUUGGGCUGUCCAGAAAAGGAUUUAACUGUGGAGCAAUUUCUGAAAAUAUUUUGUACUGUUGUUAACAGCAACAUAGAGAAGAAUAUUAAGCAAUUUAAAUCGAAAUUCGUGAAGGACAAUGAAAGCAAGCUGGACGAGUUCACACAUACGCUAUCUUAAAAUAACCAUUAUGCGCAUUUAAUAUUAAUACAUAUAAUACAAAAUACAA